UGCCUGCGCUGGAAGGAGCUGGUGGACGGUGCCCCGCUGUGGCUGCUCAAGUGCCAGCAGGAGGGGCUGGUGGCCGAGGACGGCGCCGAGGACGAGCGCGACCACUGGCAGCAGUUCUACUUCCUGAGCAAGCGGCGGCGCAACCUGCUGCGCAACUCGUGCGGGGAAGAGGAUCUCGAGGGCUGGUGUGACGUGGAGCAUGGUGGGGACGGCUGGAGGGUGGAGGAGCUGCCCGGAGACUGCGGGGCGGAAUUCAGUCAGGACGAGAGCGUCAAGAAGUUCUUCGCCUCCUCCUUUGAGUGGUGUCGCAAAGCACAGGUCAUUGACCUGCAAGCCGAGGGCUACUGGGAGGAGCUGUUGGACACGACUCAGCCGGCCAUCGUGGUGAAGGACUGGUACUCGGGCCGCAGCGAUGCGGGCUGUGUGUAUGAGCUCACCGUGAAGCUGCUGUCUGAGCAUGAGGACGUGCUGGCUGAGUUCAGCACUGGGCAGGUGGCAGUGCCCCAGGACUCUGACGAAGGUGGCUGGAUCGAGAUCUCACACACUUUCACCGACUACGGGCCUGGCGUCCGCUUCGUCCGCUUCGAGCACGGUGGGCAGGACUCCGUCUACUGGAAGGGCUGGUUCGGGGCGAGGGUGACCAACAGCAGUGUCUGGGUGGAGCCCUGACCCCUGAAGGCAGAGGCCAGCGGGCAGAUAGGCCUUAACUUAGUCGUAGCUUCCUCUGCCCCCACCUCUCACCUCUCCUGCCCACCAGGGGAAAGAGGGUGUUCUGUGGGCAUACAUCUGCAUAUAUUUGCAUCUAAUUGGCAGCCCACCUCUAGAAUGUAAGCUCUUGGAGGGCGUGGGCCUGGGCUGACCCUCACUGCUCUGUUCCCCUCCUCCAGUGGGUGUUCAAUAAAGACCAUUUGUCAAAGGCA